GCAGUAAUUACUCUUCUCAGUGAUCCAGGACUCGGAGGUAACAAUGCAGCGGCCAGCGGUGUGUCACCUGCCAAAUGAAGAUCUGGAAAUCUUAAAUGCUGAAUAUGGAAAGAACAUGAUUAAGCUUCUUCGCAUUAGAAGAGAUGGCAAGAAACACUGCAUUAAAGAAGUGGAGGCUUGUGUACAUCUUAGACUGGAUUCUGUCAAUGAGUACUCACAGGGAGACAAUUCUGCUGUUAUCCCUACUGACACCAUGAAGAACGCUGUCAUUGCUUUGGCAAAAUGCAACGGGAUUGAAACUAUAGAACAAUUUGCCCUGGAUAUCUGCAAUUACUUCAUUUCCUCAUAUUGUCAUGUGGUGUACGUCAAGGCGUAUAUUCAAGAGACACCAUGGCGGCGUGUAGAACAGAAUGGAGUUCCCCAUGCCCAUUCCUUUAUCUUUGUUCCUGAAGGAAUUCGCUUUUGUGAAGUUGAACAGUGUCAGGAUGGCUGUCCACUUAUUUCUUCUGGAAUUAAAGAUCUGAAGCUUAAGAAAACAACACAGUCUGGCUUUGAAGGCUUCCACAGGGACAAAUACACCACACUGCCUGAGACGACCGACAGGAUUUUAAGUGCAGAACUAUUCUGCAAGUGGUGCUAUGGCGAGUGCCAAGAUAUUGACUUUGACUGUGUAUGGCAUAUUGUUCACGAGAGUGUCCUUGAGGCAUUUUCUGGGCCACCUGACUGUGGGGAAUACUCACCCUCUUACCAGAAGACUGUCAAUGAUAUUCAGAUGCUCAUCCUGGCAAGAGUUCCUCAGAUAGAGGAGACUGAAGUCAUCUUGAACAACAUUCACUAUUUUGUCACAGACUUGAAGAAACUGGGAUUGACCAAUGAAAAGGAGGUUCUGAUCCCAGUGGACACUCCCUAUGGUUCUUGUACAUGCGUACUCCGUAGGAAGAAGUGCUUAGAAGAGCAAGCCUAAAAUACAAGAGAUGAGAAGCAAUGUCAGUGAAUUGGAUGGAUGUUUCAACAGGGGACAAACGAAACAUUUGGGCUCCAUUCACACAUAUAAGAUGAAUUUACCAUGUGGCUUUCCUUUCAGAAUGUAUCCAUUCCAUUCAUUGAUCUUUUUGUAUAUUGCUUGAUCUGGGCCUCCACAAAUUACAGAGAUUGGGAUUUUGAAAGAAGCCUAAGGAAUUCAGAUUUCCAAAUCCCAUUGAAUCUCCAUAGGAUUUGUGUACAUAAUUCUCUUGGGCUACUUUGAAAAUCCCAGCAAGAAAUAUUAAAAUCAGUUCAUUAGAAAAGAACUAUUUUCAGGCGUAUGAUGAAAGUUUCAGUUAACCAGCUAAUGUCUCUAAUGUGCUUUACUCAUUUAAAAUCCUAAAUAGGUUCUAUAAAUUAUUAUUUAUUAAUGUUUGUGCAUUAAUGCAUUGUAUUAACAAAAUUAAUGUAUAAUCAUGAGAGCAAAUCUUUAGGUGGUGUAAACUGGCAUGACUUCAGUGGAUUACACUAAUUUACACAGCCGAGGGUCUGGUUCAAUAUUGUAAAUUUAAUAAGGCAGAAUUAUUACUUGUAUUUCCAAUGCAAAUUAAAAUGGACCCAGCUUUCUUCAAGAAGCAAAUGAUGAAAUAAAACAAAAUUCUACCUACCUAUAUAUUAUAUUUUCUUUACAAUAUUAAUAGUACAGAUGUGGACUAAUUUCUAUGUAAGUAUUCCGAUUACACAGUUGCCACAUUAUUGCUAAUCAAAUAAACAGCUGUGGGGAGGGGAUUAUGCAGCUGUAUAAUUACUUUUGUGUUAAUCACUGAAAUGUUUAAAGGUAUUGGGCUAUCUCUGUGGGGUUCUUGAAAUCUUCUUCUUUAAUUUCAUUUGUCGGUACUUUUGAGCAGGCAGGAGGCAGGAGUCAAUCCAAGAAGUGAGCUAUUGCUUUUUUGUGGAAAAAAUAGGCAUAUUGUUUAAAAUAUUUAGUUACUCCAGGACAUAGCUUUGAGCAAAGAUAUUAAAUAGCAAAAUCAGCUAAUCUUAUUCCUACAUGUUCACAACUUGCAACUAACACAUGCACAACAUAAAUCUUGCUCAACUCUAGUCAUCUUGUAAGUGCUACUUUUAGUUUCCAAGGACAGAAUUUUAAAAGCAAUUUAAUGACAGGAGCUUAAAUUCAGUGGGAUUUCUGCCUAAAUCUCUUAGGCAUGCUUGAAAAUCUCACCCCAAAAGACGUUGCGCAUUAUACUUCUCAUUCAAUACAUUUAGACUUAUUUUUCCCUACUGGAUCUGAUCAUGUGCUUUGGGUAGCAAUAAAAAUUGGGGAACACAUCCUGAAUUGGGUGCUUGGGAAACUGAGGUUGCUUGCAACGUAGGAGCAUCUCUCUCUCUCUUUUGCACAAAAGAAUUCAGCUGCUUGCCUUAAAAUCACAUGAAAUUGGAGGACAGCCAUUGCUCAUCACCAUAUGUCACCUCCUUAAAGACAAUAGGACUAAUUACACCAAGGGAUGAAUUUGUUCCAGAUGUGCUGUUAUUUGCCUGAACUGCUCACUAGUUGACCUGACUAGUUUAGUCUGUAGUACUUUUAACUCUGUGUUGGGACAUUCCUUUCUUCUUUCUGUGAAGUUUAUUGUAUUACACUUGAGAGUUUCAGAUCUUUACUAUUCUUCUGCAUUAUAAUUUCAUGACUGCAUGGGCUUUUAGUGUAUCUAUGUAACUUCUAAUGGGAAAAUAAAAU